AAUUUAAAACACGUUGAUUAGCUCCUGUAUUGCCUCAAGCAAUGAAACAAUCAUUUUUGGUAAUGUUAAAUAACGUUUGUUAAUUAAUUGAUUGGAUUGGAAUGGACUUAUUGAUUACUGGUUUAGUAUUCUUGGUUUAAAUAAAACCAGGUGACCAAAGAUCAAUGUUUUGUUAGCGAUAUGAGUUCUGCGUUAUGCACACAAAAAAAUAAAAUGGGCUAAAAUUGUUAUAGAUAUAUUUAUUCAUCAAAUAUGCACGACUAGCAAGACGAAAUGAUGUCAAAUGAAAGAGAUAUUUUGAAGGUAGAAAAUGAAAACAAAUUGAAGCUAGGAGGGCAAUCAUGUAGUAAAAUACAUAACAGGGUCGGUCAAAAAUUAACACCCGAAAAAUCGGAAAACAGGGUAUAUAGAUUAAAAGAGAUAAUUCAAGAAAAUUUGAUAGGAUGUGACCUGACUAUAUGCAUAUUCAAAGCGGCCGUACGCUCAUAUAGGGUUGAAAGUUGCUUACGUCCAUUUCCACCAUGUUUUACAACAGGAGAAAAUGAAAAAGAUUUUAAAAAACUAAGAAUUGCCUGUAAUAAAAUACCACCACUUCAAGAUUUUCUUAAGCAACCACCAAAUCAGUGUCCCGAUGAUGUUUCGAAUAUAUUAACUUGGUUAUUUACGGAUUCAGGAUUACCGGUAUUGAAACUGUGUAAAAUAGAAGACACCCCCCUAAUGAAUGAGAAACAUUUGUAUAAAGCACCACCAAAAUAUGUUUUUGAAGUCAAUUUCACUCCAAAGGUUAAUCAAACUUGGGAAAACCGCAUUAAACAAAGAGAAGUGUUUUAUGCCUUUCAUGGCAGUUCAACUGACAACUUUUAUUCGAUAUUGAAAUUCGGGCUGCAACAACAUUUUAGUACUGGAAAAGAAGUGUUAUUUGGAAAUGGCAUAUACUUAUCCACAGAACUCUCGGUCUGUACAAAUUAUGCUCCAUUUUGUUCAACCUGGUCGAAAAGUAUCCUCGGUAAUAGACACAGUAUUAUCGCGCAAUGUGAAAUUAUCAAUGACGAAAAUGAAGUUAAGUGUAAAGAUGAAAAAAACAAAAAGAGAGCAGUAAACACCAACAGCCUAGGUGAAAUACCCGAAAAAUAUUACGUGGUUACUAAUAGCGAAUUAGUUAAGGUAAAAUAUUUGUUAGUAUACACAUAUAAAAGUACCCCAUUUAUGAAACCUUUUAUUAAAAAAAACUUUUUCUGGAUUGCGUUGAUUUUCUAUUGUAUUAUGUUAGGUUUGGUAGGAUUUUUUAAUAGCCCAUAUUGGCGAAAAUUUGUUAGAUCUAUUGGCUUUUAAAUAAAUAUAAACCGUAAACAA